ACGAUGUCGUCUCGCGAAACGGCGGAUUUAGACGGCUACAUUAAGAAAUGCCACCCCUUCUCCGCGCUCGAUACAAAACGUCCAAUAUUCGGUCUGGGACCCGAGCACCAGCCCCAACUUCAAAGAUCCACGGGAAAUCGGAUCCUACUUUUUCCUGGCUGCUUCUACCCUCCUCAUCCUGAACAUGAGACGUUUCUCUAUCACACAUACAAGAGCCUACAACGCAUUCAUGUUAUCGCGGCGAUAGUGCUACCCUUGUACGACGAAGAGAUUAAAUCGAAGUCCUGUGUCACGGGUGCGAUGAACCUACCGCUGACGAAAGAGCAGAGAGUUCGGCUGUGGAGAGGGGACGGACCACCCAAGGAGUGGUACUGGAUUUAUGAUCGUAGCAUACAAGAGUGGGAUUCCUUUCGCUGUCGCCUUGCCGAAUCCAUUACUCAGGAUGGCUUCGAUGUCAAAUUUACCGUAUUAUACGGACUGAUGGAUGCUUGCCCACCCUGGAAAGUCUGGGAUUGCGAUGAGAUCGCUGUCAGCAAUACUUGCGGACCUACCGACUUUUCUAUUUACCAUACUCGAUCUUACCUAAGUGGAAGAAAGACUUGGGGUAGUUCCCACUGUGGAGCACAACAGCGUACAGAGUUCACGAGCUGGAUUAUACGCUCUAUAAACGUGCUUAGGGGAAAGUCAACAGCCGGUUAG